AUGAGUGGCUACAAUACAGACUGGACGGAGGUCAGAUACGGCCGGAGGGCCCGACGUUUCCGCCAGCAAUCCUGGGACCGUAGGGACGGGUACGGAUGGGGGAAGGCCCGUGCAUUCCCCGCUCCUUAUGGGAGACGGGAUAGAGUCCCCUCACCUUACCAGCCAGUGCCUCCUCCAAGACCGGCACGUUUCUAUGGUCCCCAAUCAAAAACCUAUGCAUCUGUGGUGGGCCGCCAAUUCAAUCGGAGACCGGCCCCACGAUUUUAUAAAAAUCCACCGGUUCAGCAGCAUUCGGACAAUAUUAGGAGACAGCCAGCUGACCCGCAGUUCGGGCGGCUGGUCAGGACUAUGCAUAGUCUUAUAAAGAUAGUGCACCAUUACCAAAAUGUUGCUCCAAAAGCCGGGAAGGGAGAACCCAAAAUCAUCUCCCGGAUGGUUGAAGUGCUAGCCACUAUGAUCAAGCCCGCAGUUCCCACCCAGCGAACUAUGGAGUUCAUUAAGGGGAAUGCAGAGAACUGGGGCUACAACACAGUGACCAUUCUGAUGGAUCACUAUAAGGACGGUUUGGAUGUGGUCUUGGGGGAACUUGAGGGAAUCUUGAUUCCACGGUGGAAGGAUGCCUUUGAAGUGGCAGUACGUUGGGCAAAACGAAACCUGCCCCGGAUCACAGCAGAUGUCAUAGAUCACGCAGAGGCCCUUAUCACAGAGAGAGCUGAGGCCCUUUUGACAGAGAGAACAGAGGUUAGAGAGGAAGCACCCCAACCUACUGUUCAAAAGAACAUUACGUUGCAGUCAUUCAGGGGAACUAAAGAUAAAAGUCACGGGCUAAACAUCCAACCACCGGCCAAACAAUCAGUGGCCACGAUGACCGAACAGGUCCAACAGACAGACUCUGAAUGGGCAAGUUCGCCCAAAGAACAGAGACAGGCCUACAGAGGGAGAAAAGGGGUGGUGUUGCCUGAGGACGAAGUUUUUGUAGAGGAGGUUGAGGAGGUUGAAGAACAGCCUAGAGUCAUACAUGACCAGAUUUUGACAAACUCACAGUUAGCCACAUUGUUUGAUGAGCUAGAUGCAGAAGAGGAACGGGAGAGGUUGGAGGCAAGAGCAGCUAGGGAACCCCUAAAGAUUCAGAGCAACAAACCUCUACCCCAAACCAAACAGAGGUUCAGGUUCAGGUUUUGA